AUGAAGCUGAAUCCAGAGGUGACUUCAUCGCGCAGAAAGUGCCGUAAGGCCCACUUCACUGCUCCCUCUCAUCUACGCCAAAAGCUGAUGAGCUCUGCUCUCUCCAAGGAGCUGCGCCAGAAGUAUCUGGUUAGAUCCAUGCCCAUCAGGAAAGACGAUGAAGUGCUCAUUGCGAGCGGAAAAUUCAAGGGCAGAGAGGGCAAAAUCACAGCCGUCUAUCGCAAAAAGUUUGUCGUCAACAUUGAGCGUAUCUCUCGCGAAAAGGUUCAAGGCGCCACAGUCCCAAUCGGCAUCCACCCAUCGAAUCUUGUUAUCACCAAGCUUCACCUUGACAAGGACCGCUUGGCAAAGCUCGCCUCCAAGGCCAAGCCAAAAGCUAAUUAA